AUGGCCAAGAUCAAGAUUGGCAUCAAUGGAUUCGGAAGGAUUGGCCGCUUGGUUGCCAGAGUUGCUCUGCAGAGAGACGACGUUGAACUUGUCGCUGUGAACGACCCUUUCAUCAACAUUGAAUACAUCAGCUACAUGUUCAAGUAUGAUAGUGUUCACGGGCAAUGGAAGCACCACGAGCUUAACGCAAAGGAUGAUAAGACCCUUCUCUUUGGUGACAAGCCUGUCAAAGUUUUUGCUUCUAGGGAGCCCGAAGGGAUCCCGUGGGGCAAGGCUGGUGCUGAAUUUGUGGUUGAGUCCACCGGAGUGUUCACUGAUAAGGAGAAAGCUUCUCUCCACUUAAAGGGUGGUGCAAAGAAGGUUGUGAUUUCUGCCCCCAGUAAGGAUGCUCCCAUGUUUGUUGUGGGUGUCAAUGAGAAGGACUACACCCCAGAUCUUAACAUUGUUUCCAAUGCCAGCUGCACCACCAACUGUCUUGCUCCAUUGGCAAAGGUUGUUCAUGACAAAUUUGGUAUUGUGGAGGGUCUUAUGACUACCGUCCAUUCUAUUACUGCCACUCAAAAGACUGUUGAUGGACCAUCAAUGAAAGACUGGAGAGGUGGUAGAGCUGCAGCCACCAACAUCAUUCCCAGCAGUACUGGAGCUGCCAAGGCUGUUGGUAAAGUGCUGCCUGCACUGAAUGGGAAGUUGACAGGAAUGGCUUUCCGUGUUCCCACUGUUGAUGUUUCGGUGGUUGAUCUCACUGUGAGACUUGAGAAGAAGGCCACUUAUGAUGAGAUUAAAGAUGCCAUCAAGAAAGAAUCUGAGGGCAGCAUGAAAGGAAUCCUUGGAUACACCGACGAGGAUGUUGUGUCGACUGACUUCGUGGGUGACAACAGGUCGAGCAUUUUCGAUGCCAAGGCUGGAAUUGCUUUGAAUGACAACUUUGUGAAGCUUGUGUCUUGGUAUGACAACGAAUGGGGUUACAGCUCACGAGUUAUUGACUUGAUCUGUCACAUUGCCUCUGUUAAAUAAGCGAUCCUAGGAUCAUGAUGCGGACUGUGGAGUGAGAGCUUCAAU